ACGUACAGGAGGAGAACACGUGGUUGAAAAUGGCCUUGGCCAAAGAAAUUAUGGGACAGUGUAUGGUGGAAGCAUUUUGCUCAAAUGUUUCAAGAUUGUCUUUGCAACCUAAACGUUGGUGCAUUAAGAGGCAUGGAGCAGUUACCAUGACAUACUCGGAGCUUAAGACCAUGUUGCAACAAGAAGCACCCUUUAAUUUUAUCAAGGAUGACUCGUCCAAGAGAGACCUUGCCCUCAAUCCUGUCACUUUGACCAUUACGGCAACUGUAACCAUAAAAAAUAGUAAGAUCACUUAUACGGAGAAGAUGGCCAUGAUGCUUCCACAAUUUGAUGUUUUCAACAAUGCCCUUCGUGAAAGAGGAAUUGUCAUACAGCUAGUUAGCACUCAAGUUCAACCCGGAACAAUGGAGCCAAAGCUAAGUAACCAUGUUGUGUUGGACUGGUUGAAACACUUCAAGGUUGAGGAUGAGAGGUCCACAUAUAAGGUAGAAUUUGAGAUAGAUUCAAAUUUUGGGUUACCAGGAGCAGUUACUGUGAGUCAAUGAUGUCGGUGUUCACCAGCUUGUCCAUCACUGGUUGAGGACCCACGCAUGCAUGGAACCAUUCAUCAUUGCAUCUCACCGUCAAUUGAGUAUUAUGCACCCUAUUUUCAAACUUCUAAAG